AUGAAAUUCACCAUCGUUCUAUUGGUUUUGUCCGUUGCCGUUGUCGCUGUUUAUUGUCAACCCAUCGAAAAUGUCCAAGCCGAGUCCUUGGCUAGUGCAGAUGCCGAUUUGGCUGUAGACCCGGAUACAGGAGCGGUGCGUAAAGCUCGUUAUUAUGGUGGUUACUAUCCUUAUGGUGGAUAUGGAUAUGGAUAUCCAUCAUACGGUGGAUAUGGUGGUGGAUAUUAUCCACAAUAUGGCGGCUAUGGUUAUCCAGGAGGAAUUGGUUAUAGUGGCAGUUCCUCAAUUGCCAUAGCGGGUUCUUUCUCUGGAGGUGGUUUUUAUGGAUAA